UAAAGCUCUUCUCGCGCCGGGUAAAAGGGAUUUGACAGUUGGGAGUGCGAUUCCCAAGCGGACGAGCUCGGCGCCGCGACGCGCAGCAUGGCGGCGGCGGCCGCCGCUUGCGGCCAGCUCGGGAGCGCCACAAAGAGCCAGACUCGGGAGCAGACCCGGAGGAACCGCGAGAAUUCCAAGCGGAGACGAGCCGCUCUUUUGUUCCUCUCCAACAUCUCGCUGGACGGCCGCCCCGCGCGGAGCGGCUCGGCCGAGCGGGGAGGGACCCGGCGGCGCCACGACGCCGUCGCGGAGCCGAGCGAGGCGGCUUCCGCCACGCUCGCGGAGCCGCGGAGCGACGACGGGACGCGCUCGGCGGCCACUUUGUCGACUUCCGUCAUCUGCGGGGAGGCGAAAAAGACGACGGCGACGCGGCGGACGGGCGCCGGGCUCCCGGCCGUGCCGCCCAUCGUCGUCCUGCCUUCCGACGCGGGGCGCCCGGAGCUGCCGCUCGGGCGCCGCAGGGACUCGGCGCCCUCGGCGGCCGACGGACACCUGCUCUCGCCGUCGCCGUCGCCGUCCGACGGCAGCCUGCUGCCUUCGCCCGCGGCACCGCGGAAGUCGUCCACGCUGCUGUCGGUGCACAGCUGCAACUCGCUGUCCUCCGACCUGCGGCAAAGGACCCGAAACCUCUCGGGCGGUUCUCCCCGGCCGCGACCCGCCAAGAAGAUCCACUUCAUCAAAAACAUGAAGCAGUACGACACCAGAGGCAGCAGGAUCGUGUUGAUCUGCGCCAAAAGGUCCCUGUGUGCCGCCUUUUCCGUUCUGCCGUACGGAGAAAGCUUUUACCUCAGCGAGCCCACGUUGAGCCACCCCCGGCGGAGACACUCGUCGGGGAAUAUUUCCACCUCCCUGGAGAUGACGGCGCUGGAGGGUUUCCACAUGGAGACGUACAACCGGUCGGUGUCGUACGCCCGCUUCCUGUACCCCACCGACGCCCUGGUCAGGCGCGAGGCCUCGUCCGCCGCCGACCCGACGCCGCGGGUUCCCCUCUGGAGGAGCGGGUGCGGCGCGCCCGCCGGCGGCUUGCCCCCGAGCCGGCUCAACGCCGCGGUGGGACUCGACCUCGGAGCGGAGGACGUGAGCGAGUACGACCCAAACGUCCUCAGCGACCCCCAGUGGCCUUGCGGCAAGCACAAGCGGGUGCUGAUCUUUGCCUCUUACAUGACCACCGUCAUCGAAUAUGUCAAACCCUCCGAUCUGAAGAAAGACAUGAACGAGACAUUCAAGGAGAAGUUUCCACACAUCAAACUCACCCUGAGCAAGAUCCGCAGCCUGAAGCGAGAGAUGCGCUCGGUGGGCGAGGAUUGCGGCCUGCAGCCCGCCACCAUGGCCAUGGCCUUCGUCUACUUUGAGAAGUUGGUGUUGCAAGGGCGACUCAACAAGCACAACAGGAAGUUGGUGUCGGCCGCCUGCAUCCUAUUGGCCGCCAAGAUCAGCAGCGAUCUAAGGAAGCAGGAGGUCGUACAACUCAUCGACAAGCUGGAGGAGCGCUUCAGGAUCGGCAGACGGGAGCUGAUCAGCUUUGAGUUCACCAUCCUGGUGGCCCUGGAGAUGGCCCUCUACCUGCCAGAAAGCAAAGUCAUGCCGCAUUACAGGCGACUGGUGCAGCAGCAGUUGUAGGCCGCCGCGCCUGCGCCCAUUCGCUCCGCCUCCAAAAUCCCUCCGAGCAAACCCAAAGAUUUGUUUGCGGAGACCUCUCCCGGCAACCCGUCGAGCCCGGUCUCGCGCCGACGACCCCCCGGGAACCACUCACCAAAGACGUACUGCGUUACCGGGAGGACUCUGCGCCGAAGCUACAGAACUGCAAAAAAAAAACUUUGGAGCGGGUGGCCGAGAGCUGAUUUUCUUG